AUGGAGCGGGCUCCAAACCUGCUUCUGCUCUGCAUCUUCACCUUCGCCAUGGUGCCGGUUCCUGAAGCCAAGGACCAGAGCAAGGCAGCCAAGGGCAGGAAAAGGGGCCUGGCACGGCCACCAACAGCCCCCCCUGCCCUGGCCUGGGCCCCAGAUGACCCCUACACCAGCAUGGCAGAGUACGAGCACAGCAUCCAGGACAUGGUGCGCCAGCUGAGGAACGGCUCCGAGCCGGGGGACACCAAGUGCCAGGUGAACCUGAGGCUCUGGAGGUCCAACCGGAGGAGCCUGUCCCCCUGGGCCUACAGGAUAAACCACGAUGCCACACGGAUCCCAGCAGACAUCCCCGAGGCCCGGUGCCUCUGCACUGGCUGCAUCAACCCCUUCACCAUGCAGGAGGACCGCACCAUGGCCAGCAUUCCCAUCUACAGCCGGCUGCCCGUGCGCCGCCUGCUCUGCCCGGGCCCGGCCGAGGCGGGGCACAGGCCCUCGGGCAAGAAGAAGUGUCACAAGAAGUACCAGAUGGUGAUGGAGACCAUCGCUGUGGGCUGCACCUGCAUCUUCUGAGGCUGCAAAGCUACCCCCUGCAGCUCCCUGUGGGCAUCUAACCAGCUUGCUCUUGCUUAGCCCUUUGGGAGAGGCCACCUGGCUGGGCAUCAGGGUCAGGGGAGGUUCCUGUGCAAGAGCUCCU